UAUGAAGGUGAAAGGGCCAUGACCAAGGACAACAACCUGCUUGGAAAGUUCGAGCUCACGGGCAUCCCUCCAGCACCCCGUGGGGUUCCUCAGAUUGAGGUUACUUUUGACAUUGAUGCCAAUGGCAUCCUCAAUGUUUCUGCUGUAGAUAAGAGCACAGGAAAGGAGAACAAGAUCACCAUCACCAAUGACAAGGGCCGCUUGAGUAAGGAAGAUAUUGAGCGCAUGGUCCAAGAAGCUGAGAAGUACAAAGCUGAGGAUGAGAAGCAGAGAGAUAAGGUUUCCUCCAAGAAUUCACUGGAGUCCUAUGCCUUCAACAUGAAAGCAACUGUGGAAGAUGAGAAACUUCAAGGCAAGAUCAAUGAUGAGGACAAACAGAAGAUUCUUGACAAGUGCAAUGAAAUCAUCAGCUGGCUGGAUAAGAACCAGACUGCAGAGAAGGAAGAAUUUGAGCAUCAGCAGAAAGAACUGGAGAAAGUCUGCAACCCCAUCAUUACCAAGCUGUACCAGAGUGCGGGUGGCAUGCCUGGAGGAAUGCCUGGUGGCUUCCCAGGUGGAGGAGCUCCCCCAUCUGGUGGUGCUUCUUCAGGCCCCACCAUUGAAGAGGUGGAUUAAGUCAGUCCAAGAAGAGGGUGUGUGUAGCUUUGUUCCACAGGGACCCAAAACAAGUAACAUGGAAUAAUAAAACUAUUUAAAUUGGCACCA